AUGUUUGUGCACGGUAUUAAACCCGGUUCUAGCGAGGAAGAAGAGGAAGAGGAUGUGAUGGAUAUCCUCCAGAAAAGGCGAGAAGAAUGCGAGCGCAAAGCAAGGAGGGGGGAGAUGGACCCCCGUCUGGAGUUCACCUUCCAGCUCCUCAUAGACGGGACGGGUUUGCCCAGACACGCAAUUAUGGACCAUGUCUUCGAGGGCAAUAUGCUGGAUGACAUUAAUCAACUCUUUCUACCCCACAUGAGAAACAAAUUACUAUGGUACUAUCAAGAUGUUGAAGAAAUAGAAGCACGCCCCUUACCUGAGGGUACGAAGCCUAGGCAACAAGGGCAAGGCAAACAACCGCCGCCGCAAGUCACGCUCAAGAAAAAACUAUUUUUGUCUGACGGAUGGGACGUAAAAUUUACUGGAGUAUGUAUUUACAUGUUCAGGAUAAAUGUCAGUAAACAGCUGCCUGAAGAAGGUUUUCACAAAGACUUAUUCUGCGGUAUCUUAAAUGCUGAAAAAGUGGGGCUGGUGACAGCAAUCGAGCGGGUAAUGGAACACGUCUACAUGAAUGCUUUAGCUCACCCCAGCACCGAUGUGUGCGAGGAUGUCUGUAAUCAAGUUAAUCUCUUCGAUGAUGGACAAGCCUUAAUGGCUAAGCUACAAGAUCAUACAGAAUUAAAGGAAAUGAUAAAAAAUCCCACUACAGUUACAACGUUGGAAGAACGGGUUAAUGAGUGGAUAAAAAAAAUAAUGGAGAUUCUCAGUGAAAGUGAACAAUUAAGACGCGAAGUAGACUCGAGUGGACCUCAAGAUGAACUUGAGUAUUGGAAGAAAAGAGGCGCUCAAUUCUCUCAACUCGUAUCCUAUUUACAGGAUCAAGAAGUGCAACUCACAUUAACAUGCCUUCAACUUGCGAAUUCAAAAGCCAUUAAGGUAUGGCGCGAUACAGACCAUAAAAUAACGUUUUGUUAUAAUGAAGCUAAAGACAAUGCUAAAUUUGUGCAAGCCAUGGAAAAGUGCUGUCAUUCGCUAUACCUAGAUGACCCUGUGAAAAUCAAGGACUCAAUAUUAAGUUUAUUACAAACUGUAAGACUAAUUCACAGCGUAUCACAGUUUUAUAACACUUCGGAAAGAAUAUCGUCGCUUAUGGUUAAGAUAACAAAUCAAAUGAUCGAAACGUGUAAGCAAUACAUAACGUGCCGCUUUAAAGAGACAAUUUGGUCUCAAGAACGAGAUUUGGUGCGAGACAAACUAACGCACUGCAUCAAUUUGAACAAAACAUACAGAGAUACUUACAUUUUCGUCAAAAACCAACCGUUCCUACCCAAUACAGAACAGUUCAGCUUCUCCGAAAAUUAUGUGUUCGGAAAAUUUGAUACUUUUUGUAAACGGCUCAAUAAAAUUAUUACAAUGUUCGAUUUGAUGGAUGAUUAUAACCAUCUUUUCGAAAAACGAAUGGAAGGACUUCUGCUUGGAGAAGAUUUAGAAGACGCAAUGCACGCUUUCGAAGAAGCUAAAAAAGCAGUGACGACAUGCCAGUAUGACUAUCUCGAUUAUCGAAACAAUGACUUCGACAAAGAUUACCGAGCAUUUCAAGAUAAAACAAAUUCUCUUCGGGAAUCUAUAGGUAACACGAUUGAGAUCAAUUUCGGAAGCGUUUGGGAAACCCCCCAAGGCAUUAAGUUUUUAACAAGAUUUGAAAAGGUCAGCCAAAAAAUUCAAAUAACUAAACUCAGUGAGAAGUAUGAUCGAGUAUUAAAAUAUAGCGAGAAGGAGGUUGAUAAAAUAAUGAAAAUGUUCAAAAGACAAAAAGACGACCCGCCACUACCGCGGAAUUAUUCACCUGUAGCUGGUCGUAUAAAAUGGGCGCGCUGCCUGAUGUUCAACAUGACGGAGACCGUGGAGAGUGUCUGCGCGCACCCGGUGCUCCGCGCGCUGCCGGCCGCCGCUGACAUGCUGCGGAAGUACCAGGCUACGAAAACUCUUAUACACAAUUACGAGGGCACCAUGAGUGCGGUAUGGAUGAAUCAGAAUAUAUGGGACGUGGACGAUAGCUUGAACAAUACUUUGCUAAAAAUCGACGACUCAGGUCAAAUAAGUGUGAACCUAGAUCACACUAUUAAACUGUUAAUCCGUGAAUCCGACUGUCUGGUCAAGAUGGGCGUCGACUUGCCGAUUGUGUGCCAUUCCUUGUACGCUAAGAAAAAUUAUUUCACACUCGUCAAUGAUUCUCUACAGUUCCUGUUAGAAGACUAUUUACGCAGUGUCCGACAAGUGAAACUCGAGGUGCGUCCACUCCUCUUACCGCAAGUGGUUCGUUUGUCAUCUCUCCUGCUACCUGGCCUGAAGUCUGUCACAUGGACGAGCGAGGACUGGAAAGAUUUCAUUGACAAAGCCAACGUAGCUAUCAACAGCUUUGAUGUCCUGGUAACCAGGGUGCAUGAUAUAUAUUCGAAUAGAAUCAUAUAUGUCCUGUCCGGGAUGCAAGAGGUCACGCUAAUUAAUUUACCUGAAGAAACGCCUUGGGCUGUUGAAGAUUUUAUCGAAUACGUCGAAACCAACUGUCGGAAUGCAUGUGUGGAAUUAAACCGUAAAAGUCUGAUGGUAGAAGAAGCUGUAGAAGAGGUACUGGAUCUUGUUAAAAAAGCUGCACAUCAAAUUAAACCAGCUGAAAUUAACCCUGACUUCGAAUUCCUUAUUGCUGAAGACGAGCAUCAUACAGGAAGUGGAACGGCAUCCACAUUAGAAUCAACGAGCAGCGGGCAGCAGGACUGGUCGGCGGUGUGGGAAUGCUUCGAGAGCCCGCACCGCCUGCUGUCCAUACCUGCCGGAGGUCUUUCUAAGAGCAUGCAGGAAAUGGUCAAGAACGCGGUGAUAGAAAUGCGUCGUUACUACAGCCGCAAAGUUGUCGAUGUUCUCAUCAAGGUCACAAGACGGGCUUUAGACCUCAUCAUCAAACAAUUUUCACAAGACAUUGAAACCGCUGGGCACCAAAAGAAGCCGAUGUUUUUAUUAAAUGCUGCUUUGGUAAUACCCAACGUUCUAGUCAAACCUACACUAGAAGAAAUACAAGAAGUACUCGUGUUAGCUGGAAAACAUAUUUCAGGCCUCUCAAAAGGCGUAGCUCAGUGGACUGGAGGAAAAUCCUCCAGGGUCCAAACUGUAGCUCCAGUGAACAUGGCAAAAUCCAUGAAAAUGAUAGAAGCAGCGAAAAUGAGAAAGAAGAAAUAUUACAGAUUGGAAUCAGAAGAAAAACCUGUCUUUCCAUUCCAACAGAAGAGUUUUUACAGUCACGUUAUGGAAAAUAAAGAGAUUAUAAAAACAUUGACUCUUCUAUCGAUGUGUACACAAAAUAUUAAAACGGAAUUGAAUACGUUAGUAAAACGGUGGAGACCCUAUCAUUACUUGUGGAAAUGUGAGAAGACCCUAAGACAACUUUUAACUUGGAAUUUAAACGACUUUGAGCUUGCUUUAAAGAGACACAGUGAGCUUGAACUUAAAUUGGGCACAGAGCCCGAUGUUCUAAUUAUUGGCAAUUGUCUCGCGGUUUCUACGGAGAAGCUUAAACUGGGACUUAUAACUGAAUUAAAGAAUGGCACACAUAGAAUAAGCCAAGCAAUGCGUAAAAAGUACAAACGUGAGAUGGAUUAUGUUUACGCUAUUAUGAAUGAUUUAGAACGUAAAUUGGAAAGGCCAAUACGGGAUUUGGAUGACGUAAGAACCGUAAUGGAAACAUUAAAGAAGAUAAGGGAACAGGAAGUGGACAUGGAAUUGAAAAUAGACCCAGUCGAGGAAGCAUUCAAUGUAAUAACAAGAUAUGAGCUCCCAGUGAGCAAAGAGGACAUGGAACAUGUCGACAACUUAAGAUAUAGCUGGCAGCAAUUGCAAGCCACAGCAUUGGCGUCUCAUGUCCAGCUUUUAAAAAUGCAGCCGCAAUUCGAAGAAGAUUUGAAAAACAAUUUAGAUAAAUUCCGAGAUGACAAUGCCGAUUACUGUCAUGAAUACCGACACGCUGGUCCGAUGCAAUCAGGACUCAGUCCUAGAGAAGCAUCCGAUCGUUUGAUAUUAUUCCAGAAUAGAUUUGAUGGAAUGUGGCGCAAAUUGCAAACGUAUCAAAACGGUGAGGAGCUGUUUGGCCUUCCUCAUACUGAGUAUCCAGAGCUGGCUCAAAUAAGGAAAGAAUUAAAUCUACUGCAAAAACUAUACAAGCUUUAUAACGAUGUUAUAGAUAGAGUUAGCAGUUACUAUGACAUACCGUGGGGUGAAGUUAAUAUUGAAGAAAUAAACAAUGAACUAAUGGAAUUUCAGAAUAGAUGUAGAAAGCUUCCUAAGGGUCUUAAAGAAUGGCCUGCCUUCUAUGCACUCAAAAAGACCAUAGAUGACUUCAAUGAUAUGUGUCCUCUGCUUGAGCUUAUGGCCAACAAAGCAAUGAAACCCCGUCAUUGGCAACGCAUUAUGGAAGUCACAAAAUAUGUGUUUGAACUAGACAAUGAAGACUUUUGUUUGAAGAAUAUUCUAGAAGCCCCGCUCCUACAAAAUAAAGAAGACAUUGAGGACAUUUGUAUCUCGGCAAUGAAGGAAAAAGAUAUAGAGGCAAAACUUCGCCAAGUGACUAAUGAAUGGUCUGUACAUGAACUGACCUUCCAAACUUUCAAUAAUAGAGGUGAAUUACUAUUGAGGGGUGAUACGACUGCAGAAACUAUUGGACAGCUUGAGGACAGUCUAAUGAUAUUAGGCUCCUUAUUAUCAAAUCGAUACAAUGCUCCAUUCAGAAAACAAAUCCAACAAUGGCUAUACGAUCUGCAAAGUACAAACGAGAUUCUAGAAAGAUGGCUUCUAGUACAGAAUAUGUGGGUUUACUUAGAAGCGGUAUUCGUCGGUGGAGAUAUCGCUAAGCAGCUGCCGAAAGAGGCCAAACGUUUCUCUAAGAUUGAUAAAUCUUGGCAAAAAAUAAUGCAGAGAGCGCACGAGACACCUGGAGUCGUGUCUUGUUGCGUUGGUGACGAUCUCUUGAAGCAAUUGUUACCGCAUCUCCAAGAACAACUCGAACUCUGCCAGAAAAGUUUAAGUGGAUAUUUGGAGAAGAAACGAACAAUGUUUCCGCGCUUCUUCUUUGUGUCAGAUCCAGCGUUGCUCGAAAUACUCGGCCAAGCCUCUGACUCUCAUACGAUUCAAAAUCAUUUGCUGUCUAUAUUUGAUAACAUACGAUAUGUUAAAUUUCAUGAUAUAGAAUACAACAAAAUGGUAUCAAUAGUAUCUUCAGAAGGUGAGGAAAUUAAACUUGAGAGGCCUGUGCGAGCGGAGGGCUCUGUGGAAACUUGGCUAACCUCACUAUUGCAAUCUGCUCAAAGCAGCUUACAUUCCAUUAUACGUAACGCAGUAUCUUUUAUUAAUGAUCCUACAUUUAAUCUAUUAAUGUUUCUCGAUAAAAUGCCGGCACAGGUGGGUCUCCUUGGGAUACAAAUAAUUUGGACGAGAGAUGCAGAACUUGCUUUGAUGCAAGCCCGACAAGAUAAGAAAAUCAUGUUGGAAACCAAUAAUAAAUUUCUAGAGUUACUCAACACGCUGAUUGAUCAAACUACAAGGGAUCUAACGAAAAUUGAGCGAAUUAAAUUUGAAACACUUAUUACCAUUCAUGUGCAUCAACGAGAUAUUUUCGAUAUGCUGUGUCGCCUAAAUGUUCGAUCUGCAAACGAUUUCGAGUGGUUGAAACAAUGUAGAUUUUAUUUCAAAGAAGACGCAGACAAAACUUGGAUAUCCGUAACUGAUGUUACAUUUACGUAUCAAAACGAAUAUCUAGGUUGUACGGAACGUCUUGUAAUUACCCCGUUAACAGACAGAUGUUAUAUAACACUAGCUCAGGCAUUAGCCAUGAGCAUGGGAGGAGCUCCAUGUGGACCAGCGGGAACGGGUAAAACUGAAACAGUCAAGGACAUGGGGAAGACUCUUGCAAAAUACGUGGUUGUCUUCAAUUGUUCGGACCAAAUGGAUUAUAGAGGUCUUGGACGAAUCUAUAAAGGUCUUGCUCAGUCCGGUUCUUGGGGAUGUUUCGAUGAAUUCAAUCGUAUCGAGCUACCGGUGUUGUCGGUAGCUGCACAACAAGUUGCAGUUGUGCUGGCUGCUAAGAAAGAAAAGAAAAAGACAUUCCUAUUUACUGAUGGCGAUAUGUCUGAAAUGUGUCCCGAAUUUGGUAUAUUUAUUACUAUGAAUCCUGGCUACGCUGGGCGAAAGGAAUUACCAGAGAAUUUAAAAAUACAGUUUAGGACCGUUGCUAUGAUGGUGCCGGAUCGUCAAAUCAUUAUUCGUGUGAAAUUGGCUUCUUGUGGUUUCUUAGAAAACAUCACCCUUGCUCGAAAGUUUUACACGCUAUACAAGCUCUGCGAGGAACAAUUGACAAAACAGGUUCACUACGAUUUUGGUCUAAGAAAUAUUCUAUCCGUACUUAGAACUCUUGGAGCUGUUAAACGAGUAAAUGCUAAAGAUAAUGAAAGUACCAUCGUCAUGAGGGUAUUACGAGAUAUGAAUUUAUCAAAACUCAUCGACGAAGACGAGCCCCUUUUUAUCUCUUUAGUUGCAGAUUUGUUUCCUAAUCAAGUUCUGGAGAAAACUACUUACCCUGGUCUGGAAGAAGCCAUUAGGAAACAGGUUGACGCUAAUGGUUUAGUUUACCAUCCUCCUUGGGUUUUAAAAAUCAUACAAUUGUAUGAAACUCAAAGAGUACGACAUGGUAUAAUGAUAUUAGGUCCACCAGGUGCUGGAAAAACAACAUGUAUCCAUACUGUAAUGAGCGCUCUAUCAGACACCGAAGAUCCUCACAGAGAAAUGCGAAUGAACCCAAAAGCAAUUACAGCAGCCCAAAUGUUCGGACGUCUAGAUGUUGCUACAAAUGAUUGGACAGACGGUAUUUUCUCAGCAUUAUGGCGGAAAACGCUUAAGAUCAAAACUGGAGAACAUAUUUGGCUAGUUUUAGAUGGCCCAGUAGACAGCAUAUGGAUUGAAAAUUUAAAUUCAGUCCUCGAUGAUAACAAAACUCUGACUCUCGCAAACGGUGACCGUUUAACUAUGUCUCCAACUUCUAAAAUAAUAUUUGAGCCAGAAAACAUUGAUAAUGCUUCUCCUGCAACUGUCUCUAGAAAUGGAAUGGUAUACAUGAGUUCUUCAGGAUUAGAUUGGGAACCUGUUUUAAAUGCCUGGUUGAAAACAAGAUCGGCUCGAGAAAUGGAGGUGUUCAGUUUGCUUUUUGAUCAAACUUUUCCGAAUACAUACACAUGGUGCACUCAGAAUUUACUCUUUAGCAUGCGUGUUCUCCAAAGUAACAUUGUAUUUCAAAUGCUUAAUUUAUUGGAAGGUCUUGUACCUCCACAGAUAGUAGAGACAGAAGAUCAAUCUGCAAGCAAAUCAAUCAAUGGCGACAUGGAAGACGAUGAGGAGAAAGAAAAAACGGAAGAAAUCGUUCUUUAUACACCUGAACAUUUACAUAAAAUUUAUGUAUUUUGUUUAGUUUGGGGUUUUGGUUCUUUAUUAGAAACAAGUGAUCGUAACAAAUAUGACAAGUACAUCAAAUCAACUUACAGCGAUAUAUUAGACAUACCCAAACAUCCAAACAACAAGCCAACUAUACUAUUCGACUUUUAUGUGAAACAACAUGGAAAGUGGGAAUUAUGGGAAGACUUAAUGACAAAUUACCAAUAUCCUGAUACAGCUACCCCAGAUUACGCAAACAUCCUAGUUCCAAUCGUGGACAACGUCAGAAUAAAUUACCUGAUUCAUUGUAUCGCAAAACAAGGGAAGGCUGUGCUGCUUCUUGGAGAACAGGGCUCGGCAAAAACUGUUAUGAUGAAAGCUUAUAUGAAAAAUGCAAAUCCGGAACAAUUCAUGGGGCGCUCGUUUAAUUUUUCAUCUGCUACGAGUCCAUAUCAAUUUCAAAAAACUAUAGAAAGUUACGUCGAGAAACGAAGUGGAAUGACAUUUGGCCCUCCAGGAGGAAAACGAAUGCUCGUGUUCAUUGAUGAUAUUAACUUACCCCAAAUCAAUGAAUGGGGAGAUCAAAUCACAAACGAAAUAGUGCGACAAACUAUGAGCAUGGGAGGAUUUUAUAGCUUGGAGAAGCCAGGCGAUUUCACGACUAUAGUUGAUUUACAAUUCUUAGGAGCUAUGGGACAACCAGGUGGCGGCAGAAAUGAUAUACCAGCUAGACUAAAAAGACAAUUCUCAAUUUUCAAUUGUCCUCUUCCAAAUAAUGAUUCGAUUGAUAAAAUAUUUAAAGUCAUCGGAGAAGGUCAUUAUAACGCGAAACGAGGAUUUACUAUUGAAGUACGCUCUCUCAUAAAGAAAAUAAUUCCUUUAACUCGGGAGUUGUGGGCAAGAACAAGAGUUAACUUGCUUCCUACACCUGCUAAAUUUCAUUAUGUAUUUUCUAUAAGAGACUUAUCACGAGUAUGGCAAGGUAUGGUAGGCACGUUACCUACUGUAAUAGAAUCCGAAAAAUGCUUAAUGCUUCUAUGGAAGCAUGAAUGUUCUAGAGUUUUCUCAGAUAGAUUUACACAUCAAAACGAUAAAAACUGGUUUAACAAAGCAUUGUAUGAUAUUACCGAAGAAAUGUUGGGACCGGAGUAUAAGAAAAUGAUGGAAAAAGACCCUGUUUUCGUAGAUUUUAUGAGGGAUGCUCCAGAGCCGACUGGGGAGGAAGGUGAGGAUGCUGAUAUGGAGUUGCCAAAAGUAUAUGAACCAGUUUUUGACUACAGUGAAUUACGAGAUCGUUUAGAAAUGUUCUUAUCACAGUUCAAUGAAAUGGUUAGAGGUUCGGGAAUGGAUCUUGUGUUUUUCCCGGAUGCAAUGCUUCAUUUAGUCAAAAUAUCGCGUGUAAUAAGACAUCCACGUGGAAAUGUAAUGCUUGUGGGUGUUGGUGGUUCCGGAAAACAAUCGUUAACAAAAUUAUCUACGUUUAUUGCUGGAUAUCGUUCUUUCCAAAUUGCAUUAACACGAUCUUACAAUGUUGGUAAUUUCUUAGAAGACUUGAAGCUUCUAUACCGCUCUUGUGGGGUGCAAGGUAAAGGUACAACAUUUAUUUUUACUGAUUUAGACAUAAAAGAGGAAGGCUUUUUAGAAUACUUGAAUAACAUAUUAUCUUCUGGAGUAAUAUCCAACCUAUUUACAAAAGAUGAGCAACAGGAAAUUAUAUCUGAAUUAACACCAAUUAUGAAAAGAGAAAAUCAGAAACGCACUCUUACAAAUGAAUUGGUAAUGGAAUACUUUCUCAAUAGGACAUGCCAAAAUCUGCAUGUGGUCUUAUGCUUUUCACCUGUAAGUGAAGCCUUCCGUUACAGAGCUUUAAGAUUCCCGGCACUAAUAUCAGGUUGCACGAUAGACUGGUUCCAACCAUGGCCGAAAGAUGCUCUAGUUUCAGUAGCUGAUCAUUUCUUAGCAGAAUUUGAAAUUGAAUGUACUAAAGAAGUAAAAAAAGAGUUAGUUACAGUUCUUGGAACAAUACAAGAUGUUGUCUCGCAAGUUUCCACAGAAUACUUCCAAAGAUUUCGAAGAUCAUCACACGUAACGCCGAAAUCUUAUCUUAGUUUCAUAGGAGGCUACAAAACCAUAUACCAAAUGAAACAAAAAGAAUUAGGUGAUGGCGCACUUCGCAUGGAUACUGGUUUAGAAAAGUUACGGGAAGCGUCGAUAUCAGUAGAAGUUUUAAAAAAAGACUUAGCUGUAAUGGAACAAGAUUUAGCCUUAGCAUCUGAAAAAGCAGAUCGAGUACUUACUGAAGUAACUGAAAGGGCCAUGCAAGCUGAAAUAGUAAAAAAUCAAGUCCAAGUUGUAAAAGAAAAGGCGGAAGCUUUGGUUGCAUAUAUAGCAGAGGAAAAAGAAAAGGCUGAAAGGAAACUUGAAGCUGCUAAGCCUGCACUUGAAGAAGCUGAAGCUGCCCUUAAUACAAUAAAACCAGCACACAUAGCCACAGUCAGAAAGCUGGGCAGACCUCCACACCUUAUUAUGAGGAUUAUGGAUUGUGUCUUAAUUUUAUUUCAGAGAAGACUUCAUCCAGUUAUACCAGAUACGGCGGCACCAUGUCCAAAACCUUCUUGGGCUGAAUCAUUAAAGAUGAUGGCUAGUACAACAUUUUUGCUACAACUACAAAAUUACCCUAAGGAUAUUAUUAAUAAUGAAAUGGUAGAGCACCUUGUACCUUAUUUUGAAAUGGAAGAUUAUAAUAUGGAUACAGCUAAACGUGUUUGUGGAGACGUAGCAGGUUUGUUAUCGUGGACGAAAGCAAUGGCCUUCUUCCAUAGUGUAAAUAAAGAAGUAUUACCAUUGAAAGCUAGCUUAAUGCUACAAGAAGCGAGAUUAAAGGUCGCUAUGGAAGAUUUAGCAUCUGCUGAAAGGCAACUGGAAGAACGUGAAAUGUCGUUAAGAAAAGUAAAGGAACAAUAUGAAUCUGCAGUUUCUGAGAAACAACAACUAACAGAUGCUGCUAAUGUUUGUUUAAGAAAAAUGACUGCGGCAACCCAGCUUAUCAAUGGAUUGGGUGGAGAAAAAAUAAGAUGGACUCAACAGAGUAAAGAUUUUAAGAAACAACUAGGGAGAUUAGUUGGAGAUGUAGUAUUAGCCACAGGAUUUUUGUCUUAUUGUGGUCCGUACAAUCAAGAAUUUAGAAAUAAUCUUUUUAAUACGUGGAUGGGGAUUUUAAAAAGUAAACAAAUACCUGUCACAGAUAACCUAAAUAUAACAAACAUGUUAGUUGAAAGUGCAACUAUAUCCGAAUGGACGCUUCAAGGCUUACCAAAUGACGAACUGUCUGUACAGAAUGCUCUUAUUGUUACUAAAUCUAGCUCAUAUCCCCUUUUAGUAGAUCCCCAAAGUCAAGGCAAAAACUGGAUUAAAAAUAAAGAAAGUGCAAAUGAACUUCAGAUAACAUCACUAAAUCAUAAGUACUUCCGAACUCACCUUGAGGACAGUCUUUCGUUAGGUAGACCUCUUUUGAUUGAGGAUGUGGGGGUUGAAUUAGAUCCGGUUAUAGACAAUGUGUUAGAAAAGAAUUUCAUAAAAUCAGGCUCAAUCGAAAAAGUAAUAGUUGGUGAUAAAGAAUGCGAUGUAAUGCCUGGUUUCAUGCUUUAUAUUACCACAAAGCUACCAAAUCCAGCUUAUUCACCAGAAAUUAGCGCUAAAACGUCAAUUAUCGACUUCACGGUGACAAUGCAAGGACUUGAAGAUCAGUUGCUAGGUCGUGUUAUUUUAAUGGAAAAAUCAGACUUAGAAGAAGAACGUGUGGCUCUAUUUGAAUCUGUUAUGAAAAAUCAAAGGAGUAUGAAGGAAUUAGAAAAUAAUUUACUUUGCCGCUUAACAUCUUCAGAGGGUUCCCUCGUUGAUGAUGAAGCUUUAAUUCAAGUAUUGCAAGUAACCAAAACAACUGCUGAAGAAGUCAAUGAAAAGCUAAAGGUAGCUGAAGUUACAGAGAAGAAAAUCAUAAAGGCAAGAGAAGAAUUUAGAGCAGUAGCUGCUCGAGGGUCGAUUUUAUAUUUUUUGAUAGUAGAAAUGAGUAACGUUAAUAUUAUGUACCAAAAUUCAUUAAAACAAUUUUUGACAAUUUUCGAUAAUUCUAUUACAAAAUCAGCCAAAAGUAACGUAACUGAAGAGCGCAUAAAUAUAAUUCUUAAAUAUUUAACCCACGAAGUAUGGGCUUUCACACUACGAAGUUUAUAUGAAAGACAUAAAGCAUUAUUUACACUGAUGUUGGCAAUGAAAAUAGAUUGUCAUCGCGGCCUUAUAUCACACGAUGAGUUCAUGGCAUUUGUUAAAGGGGGUGCGUCUCUUGACUUAAAUGCAGUUACGCCAAAACCAUUUAAAUGGAUUCUGGAUAUUACAUGGCUAAAUUUAGUAGAAAUAAGUAAAUUAAAGACAUUUUCUGAUGUUCUUAGUAAAAUAUCAACUAAUGAAAAAGAAUGGCGAACAUGGUACGAAAAAGCUAAACCAGAAGAAGAUACAAUUCCUAGUGGGUACCACGAUAGUCUCGAUGUAUUUCGUAAACUUCUACUCAUUAGAUCUUGGAGUCCCGAUCGAACACUUUCACAAGCUAGGAAAUAUAUUGUCGACUCGCUUGGAGCUGAAUAUGGUGAAGGUCGUAUUUUAAACUUGGAGAUAACAUGGGAGGAGUCUGAACCAAGGACACCACUUAUUUGUAUUCUGUCUAUUGGAUCCGAUCCUUCAGCUCAAAUUGCAUCCCUUGCAAAAUCCAAAGAAAUUGUUCUUAAAGCUGUUUCAAUGGGACAAGGACAAGAAAUUGUCGCCCGUAAAAUGAUUUCGGACUCCAUGAAUGAAGGUGGCUGGGUUUUGCUUCAAAACAUUCACUUGUCCCUUCCGUUUUGCGUAGAAGCCAUGGAUGCACUAAUAGAAACCGAGCAUAUACAAGAAUCAUUCCGUCUCUGGUUAACCACAGAAGUGCACACAGAUUUCCCGAUAGGAUUAUUACAAAUGGCUAUCAAAUUUACUAAUGAACCACCUCAAGGUAUACGAGCGAGUAUGAAAAGAACUUAUCAAAACAUAACUCAAGACACUCUCGAUUAUUCCUCUUUACCCCAAUGGCCACCCUUACUAUAUGCCGUCGCAUUUUUACAUACAAUAGUACAAGAGAGAAGAAAAUUUGGUCCAUUGGGUUGGAAUAUUCCUUACGAAUUUAACCAAGCGGAUUAUGCAGCAAGUGUGCAGUUCAUACAAAAUCACUUGGACGAAAUCGAUCCGAAGAAGGGAAUAUCAUGGCCAACAAUUUGCUAUAUGCUAGGUGAAGUGCAAUAUGGUGGUCGGGUGACCGAUGAUUUUGAUAAGCGUUUACUAACUACGUUUACUAACGUUUGGUUUUGUGAUGUUCUAUUACGCCCCGGGUUCGAAUUCUAUAAAGGGUAUAAAGUACCACAAACUAGAAAUCUUCAAGGGUAUGUGGAUUAUAUUAAUCAACUGCCAUUAACCGAUACUCCAGAAGUCUUUGGUCUUCAUGGUAAUGCAGAUAUUACGUAUCAAAUUAACAGCGCUAAAGAUAUUUUAGAUACCAUUUUAAGCGUACAGCCUAAAGAAGGAGGCAGUCAAGGUGGAGAAACUAGAGAAAGUAUCGUUUACCGUCUAGCUGAUGAUAUGUUAGAGAAACUACCCAAGCAAUAUAUAACAUUUGAAGUACGAGAAGCCCUCCAAAAAAUGGGUGCUUUUCUUCCGAUGAAUAUUUUCUUAAGGCAAGAAAUCGAUCGAAUACAGAGGGUUAUCAAAACCGUUUAUACAACUCUUUGUGAUCUGAAGUUGGCUAUUGACGGUACCAUAGUGAUGAGUCAAGGUUUACGAGAAUCUCUGGACGCCAUGUACGACGCACGUAUACCAUCACAAUGGUUAAAGGUCUCUUGGGAAUCUGCAACUUUAGGUUUUUGGUACACAGAGCUUUUAGAACGUGAACAACAAUAUCGUAUAUGGUUACGUAAUGGAAGGCCUAAUACAUUUUGGAUGACAGGCUUUUUCAAUCCUCAAGGAUUUUUGACAGCCAUGCGACAGGAAGUAACGCGUAGCCACAAAGGAUGGGCCUUAGAUUCAGUAGUACUACAAAAUCAUAUAACCAAAUUAAAUCGGGAAGACGUUCACGAAGGACCAACUGAAGGGGUCUAUGUGUACGGACUAUUUCUUGAAGGAGCGUCUCUGGACCGAAAAACUGGCAAGUUAAUAGAAUCAAAACCGAAAGUUCUGUAUGAGCAAAUGCCAGUCAUUUACAUUUUUGCUAUAAACACAACAGCAGGGAAGGAUCCUAGACUUUACGAAUGUCCAAUUUAUAGAAAGCCACAAAGGACUGAUGCUAAAUACGUGGGCUCAAUUGAUUUUGAGACAGACAGUAACCCUAGACAUUGGACAUUACGAGGAGUCGCGUUGUUGUGCGAUAUAAAAUAAAGG